UCACACUGAUCCGUUAUCAAACUGUUGAUUGUUCCCGUUGAAAGGAAAACAAAGAGAUGUAAAAAGACCCGCAGAACAUUCCAUAGACUCCACCCACUCAAGAUGCAUUCCGCCCAGGCGCUGGCUCAGGUCCGUGACAAGAUCUUCCGUAGCUGGACGGGCAUCAGCGAGGUGGCCAUCAUUAAGGAGGUGGCCACGAAGGGCGAGCACAUAGAUCUGUGCAUGGAGUACUGGGCCAAAAGGAAGAAUAUAUCCCAGUCCGAGUACCGUCACCACUUCUACGAUGUGGUGCAGGCCUAUGUUCAGCGCCUGCUCUCCGAGAGACUCGUUUGCAAAGCGGAGGAUGUCCUUCGCAACGUGGACAGGGACGUCAAGUGCUUCUUUUUUCAGUUUGCCUGCGAAUGCAAGGAUGAGGACCUGUCGGAGUUCGUCCUGGACCACCUGAGGAACAGGGAACCUCUGAUGUACGAGCAGGAGGAGCCUGUCUUGGCCUACCACUGGUCUCUGGUACAGCAGCUACGGGAGUGCGAUACCCUGGUGGCCAAGCACCAAGUACAGCUGCCCCGACUUCACAUUGAAGCUCUGAUGACGCUGCCGGAACAUGCGCUGCAGGUGCUUCUGGUAGAACUGUACUUUGCCAAUGGCAAUGAAUCUCUCUUAGGCUCCCUUUCCAAGGAGAUAGUCUGGCAGUAUCUCGUCGACAACAACCAAACGGAUAAGCUCCAGCGCUGGUGCCGGUGCCAGGAGGGACUGGAUCCAGAAGAGGAACUGUCGGCCUUGGAACAAGGGUUUUCAGCUUGGCAGAUUGACGCUUCCAUGUACGAGUACGCCCUGCGACAUCUGCAGCAACCCAGUGAAGUUCUGCGAAAUUACUUUGCCCGAGCUGGUUACUUCUUCCCGGAUGAGACCGGGGACAUACCCAGUCAGCUACGCCGUUUGUGCACCAUGCAGUGUUUGAGCCAACAUUCGGAGCUGCUUAGCCGCCAGCCGCUGGCCAAAUAUUUGCUAGAUCGCGGUCUCCACUCAUUGCUUCUGAUGGACUGUGUCCCUGUGGCUGCGCUGGAGCCACUGGCGGGCAGUGAGGUGCAUCAGGAAGCGUUGCUCAAUCUGAUUGUGGAUCUAAAGUCCCAUUCACUAAACGACAACGAGGGAUUCGAGCUGAUUUCCAAGAGCGUGCAAUCUUAUUUGGAGAAAACUCAUGAUGCAGCCGACUCUUUUGAGGGGCAUCCGCUGCUCACCUUUUAUGAUUUUCUGGGCCAGGAGCCGAGUGUGCCUUCCUUGGAGGGUUUCCUAACGUCCACCAGUUUGGGACGGGUGCCCUAUCUUAAAUCUCUGACCUCCCGUUUCGAUCACGGACCGACUAGCACCAGCACCGGUCUUCCCACGGCACACGAUCUCUUCCUGAAGUUUAAGCAGGUUAAUCUGCCUCUCCUGGCUGCUGCCGGCCAUGGCGAACUGGUCACUUUCUCAAAUCCACGGCUCUGCCAGCGCUAUGCCAGGAAGUCGCAGCUCAACUAUACCCAUUACCUAAAGCAGCAAAGGAGCGCGUAUGCGGUUUAUUACCUGAUAACCGAGCAAUUACAACUGUAUGGCCUGAUCACGAAGACGCAGCUCUUCCAUGCUUGCGAAACAGUCACCCAGUUGGCGUUACACCACUCAGGAGACGUGGAGCUGGUGACCCACUGUGUGGCAUGCUGUGAGAUGCUGGGCUUCGAUACCCAACCUUUAAGGAGUUUCCUGCUGCUGCAGAAAAAGCUGCCAAAACGCCAGAAUGGAGGCAGUUACUCGCAACUGCUGGCGGAAUGGGAUCGCGAUCUGGUGCAACAAUUGCAAAACGACAGUAGGGAGUUUCCCCUGGAACUGUAUCAAUCUCUGAUGCGUUUGGCUAUACGGGAUGUGCCUGGGAAAUUCCCCAUGGCCUUGCUGAAGUAUUAUGCCGCCAACAACGACUGGUGGCAUCUGUUGCUCAUCUUCCAGUACUUUGAUAUCCCGUUGAGCGAACUGAAGAAGCUGUUGGCAGAUUUUAAAACUUCGCCGCUUGGCGUUCACUUGCUCCGAGCUUUGAGCUUCGAGUCCGGAGACCGACAGCACAAGAGGGCUUUCCAAAGACCGCCACGACGCAGCGGAGAAACUCAAACGAAUUCCUCACAGGAAACCAUGACGAACUCCUCGCACAGUUCAAAUCAGGAAUCCAGCGUUCAGCCGUUGCACGGCAAUACCGACCAAUCUCUGUGCACUUUGCUGACUCACACCGCUCGCCAGGAUGUUUUCGCGAUAAUCCUAUGCAGCACCAGUAGUGUUCCGGAUGAACCCAUCCCUAGCACCGCCAAAUUUGUGGAGAUGAUGCUCGGAAAUGCACCGCAUUGCAGUGCUAUUAACCUCUUGCGACACUGCAUCCGGAAUGAGCAGCCCGUUCUGGCGGUUUUGGCCGCUACCUUGAGUACGCAGAACCGGGAUUGGUGCUGGCUCGUGUGGCUGGCGGUGGCCAGUGGCCAGUGGACGCGUCUCCUUCAGGAGGCCGCCAAAGUGCGGGAUGAGAACCGCUCAGAGUGGGUGUGGUCCUUGAUUAGAUCAGCAGUUUCUGGAGGGAAAUUAAAUCCCCUGCUGCACAGCUUUGAAAUUUUCCAAGCUGACUGCAAAUUCACACAUCUGUGUCGCUUCCUGCAGCUGACUGGCCACCAGGAGGACUUCAGCGACGGUACCAUCGUGGAACUGCGUCAGUUCUUUUGCAGCUGGAGCCAGGAUGAAGUCACCUUGCCGCUGUGCGGUCCCCUACCCCGCAAGCACGUCAUUCAGCGCUCCAUAGCACUGCUGCUUAUUCAACUCCAGAGCAACUUCGACUGCAUCCUGCAACAGCAACGCUUCCUCGAUUGCAUCUGCCGCUCGGAUGUGGGCGAUAUUUGUGAUCUGUUGGACUUCUGUUUGCUCCACAAGGUCUUCGGUGUGGCAGCUACUUGGCUGCGGGAACUGUCCAUAGACUUAGAGCAGCUGGUGAAGAGAGACAGCUCGGAGUACAGGCGAUUGGUGGACGCUCUUACCGAUGCUCGAGCUUAUGAGCAAGCCCUUCAGCUGGCUACCUUGCUGCAGCUUCCGUUGAGCGACAUAGUGUAUGGAAAAUGGGUGGCUGAACUGGAGAACGGAGUUCUGCGCCCGCAUGGAGAAUACGAGGCGGAGAUCCAACAACACGCUCUGCCGCCCGCCAUUCUUGUGAACUUUCUGCUUCAGGCGGCCUCUUCGACAGGUCAGGUUGGGCUUCGGCGAUACGAGCACCUCCAGAGUGCCCUUAGCGUGAUCAAGAAGCACCAUUUGUUUCCCAAUGAGUCCUUCGACCGCGAUCAGAUCGAGUACGAUAUGGUGUUGUGUUACUUGCAGCUGCCGGACGAUGAAAUUUCGAAGCUAGCGAUCUACCAUUCCGAGUACUACGAGCAAAUAAUGCUGCAGGAGCGCUGUGUCCUCUACAAGUCCUUCUCUGAGCUGAAGGAACUGGCGGGAAUAGAUGACCUCACCGUUGCCAGCAAGACUCCCUUGACUUCUCAAAUGGAAACCAGGCUGGAGACAUUAUUAAGCACCCUCUUGGACGAGGGCGAUAUUGUGGAAGCACUUCGUCUGCAAGAGCUCUUUGAAUUCCGUCCUAAUGACCUGCGGUUCAUUGUGUUCGCCAUGGCCUUAGCCGAGGGUAUGACCAGCAUCAGUAAUCUUUCCAGCAAGGAGCGCCAGCUGCUGGGCGAGAUUGAGAAGAGUGCCUUCCCCAAGUUUAAUCGGAUAACUCUCAAUCAAAACGUGAUGACUCGCUGGGGCAGCGAUCUCUCCGACAGCUGUUCGGAUAAUGUGGCCCUGGAGUUCGAGGAGAUUCCCUCCAAGGAGAAGCAGCAAACUCUGGAUACCCUGCUGGGCAUUGGCUCAAAGUUGAAGUGCGGCGUGGAGCUGGGCAGACGCAUAGUGCUGGCCUAUCGGGCAGCCAUGAAUCUCGAUAAGGAGUAUUUGGACGUGCUCCGGACCAAAGAUGCCGGCAUUCUGCUGAAGAGUGCUGCUGGCGAAGAUUGCUUGCAGAGACUGCUGGUGGUUAGUGACAUCCAAAUUUCUACGAGGAUGACCCCCAACGAGAUUGCUGAAAGUCUGGCCCUGGAACUGACCACCUGCAUUGUGCGGCCACGUUUCUACAUCUUCCACGCCAGCCAGCAGCCAAGGAAUGCUCUCAGAAACGCUGACCUCUGGGGUCAUAACAUAGAUCGGGACUUCCAUUUGAUCCUUGAACUGGCUCCCAACACCACAAUGCUGGGAAAUAGUCUGUUGGAGUACUGCGACGCUCUGCAGGCUUAUCGUCGCUAUCAAGAUGGUAAACCAUACGAGGAGAGCGAGGCCUUUGAGCGUCUCUCGGGAAUCAUAACCCUCUACGGAUUGCCUACGCCCUCGCCAACGGGAACUGGCCCUGGAAACCCCCAAGUGCUCUCCCACAAGAAGCAAAAUCAAAUCUAUGUGGAACUGUUGAUCAAGGCGCAUCUGUGCUUUGUGCACGAGUGCUCCAUGGAGGGCAUUGUCAGUGUACUGCAGAAAGCUAAGGCCCUCAAUGGGAAGCUAACCAAGGCUAAGUCCUGGUCUCUGAUUGUACGGAUGUUGAUUGGCAUAGCCCGCUACCGGGAAAUGUUUUACUGCUUCGAUUCGCUGAUCGAGAACGAGCAGUUCGAGUCCUUGCUGGGUCAGUUCGAUGAGGAUCAGAAGGGUGGCUUGCGUCAGGCCAUCCUCAGUUACCUGAGGGAAUAUCAGCCAAAGGAUGGCAAGGACCUGCUUCGUCUCGCGGCCCUACACUUUCUCAUGUACAAGGAGUUGGCGGAAAUGUGGACCGAGGAGGCCGAGGAUAUUGUGAAUAAAGUUCAAAGUCUGGCCGCGACGGGAAACGGGUUAAAGUGCUUCCCGGAAGUUCAAACCCGUUUGCAGCAAGCUCUGGAAAACUACACCCAUGCCACGGAGAACUAUUUGCUGGACAACAAGCUACUGCUGGCCCAACAGAGUGUUUCCCGGGCGGAGCUAAUGGCCAUGCAACUGGAUCUGGUCAACAAGGCAUUGGAGAAGCGUCUCAACAACAAUGUCCAGCAGCUCUGUGUGAAUGUUUUAGGCGUACGAUCCAGGGAGCAGUUCCGAGAGUUGGUCAACACGCAGCUUAGUGUCCCACAAACUCUGAUUCUAGGCCGCGCCUAUGGCUUCGAUAUCAACUGGAGCGAAGCCCUCCUAUCCCAAUUUGUUUUGUUGCAAGUCCCCAACUAUCUGAUGGAGUAUCGUUGCCACCAGCGCAUAAACGAUGACGUUAUAGAACAGGUUGUUAAAGGUUACUUGCUGCACUCUCAAAGUCAUCCCACAAAUGCCAAACAGGAGGAAUCACUGGCCCAGCUGGUGGAACUCAUUAAAUCGGUGGUACUCAAGUAUAAGCUGGCUUCCAUUUUGGGCUUCAAGCCCAUCGUAAUGUCUCUGAUCAACGAUUCGUCGGUCCAUUAUCUGCGAGAUACUAAUUUUGGUCGCAAAGAAUUCCACACUUCAGCGGAAGCCUGACACAGAGACGAAUGUGAUUUUAAAUUAUAUUUACAAAACAACCUAAGCACUGAAUACGUUACAAAAUAUAUACAUUUAGAAAUAGUUAAA